AGCGAUUACUCGCCGGUGGCGGCGGCGUGUCAGUCGGUCGGAGGCGCGCUCGCGAGUGCUCGUGUCGCUCGGACGAUGUCGGCCGCGCGGUGACCGCGCUAUCUCACACGCGCUCUUAGGCGGGAAAACUUCCCGCCCACAAUACUGCAAAAUAUUUUCGGACGCUAAUAAGCUGGCGAGCGGCGGCGGCGGCGGGCGCGGCCUGUUCUGCUACCACUGCCCGCCGAGCCUGCCACCGCACCAGCAUCGCCUGCCCGCGCUUGACUACCCAUUCACCGCCUCGCAUCCAUACACGAGUUACUCGUACCACCCGGCGAUACACGAUGACACGUUCGUGCGAAGGAAGCAGAGGAGGAAUCGAACCACCUUCACGCUACAACAGUUGGAGGAGUUGGAGACGGCGUUCGCGCAGACCCAUUACCCCGACGUGUUCACUAGAGAAGACCUCGCGCUCAAGAUCAACCUGACCGAGGCUAGAGUACAGGUAUGGUUUCAAAACCGCCGCGCAAAGUGGCGGAAAGCUGAGCGAUUGAAGGAAGAGCAGAGGAAACGGGAAGGCGCUGAAGUCAUGACCAAGAGAGAUCCGGCGGAUGACAAGGGGUCGUCAGAAUGCGGCAUGUCCCGCGGGUCAGCCGAGGCGUCACCUGUAUCAGGGGUGGCGUCCCCGCGCACUUCGCCGCCCGUGACACCGGGCUCGCCGCGCCGCUCGCCGCGACGUUCGCCGAUGCGUUCACCACGCCGCUCGCCAAACAGGUCGCCUAGACUCGACAGAUCGGAGACGAGUUGCGCGUCGCCGGCGCCGUCGGUGGGCAGCGCGGGCUCGCGGGACGCGUCCACCGAGCAGCGCCCUCCGCCGCACAUCUUCUCACCGUUUGACCACUCUGGUGUGUUUCGCUCGUCGCCCAGCGGCGCGGUGAGCGACACUCCGCCCGCACCGCCGCCGCCUCUGUUUUUGCCGCCACAUCUUUCACAUCUCUCACAGCAUCUCAAUCACUUGUCUCAACCUUUCUUUCCUUUAAAAGGAUGGGGAGCUCCUUGCCCCUGCUGCCCAAAAGAAGAAGCUCGUUCAUCCAGCGUGGCCGAGCUCCGACGCAAGGCCCACGAACAUUCAGCAGCUCUCCUGCACUCUUUAGCCAGUUUCCAAUCACGCGCCCUGCUGCCUUUACCCCUUCACUUACCGCCUUUGCCCCUGGCGCUGUUACCCCACGAUAGUACCCAGGCUCCCGCGCCCGCACCCCCUGAUCCUCCUAAACAUCUAGAGUAAUUCUAUGUUAUGCUCAAUUUUUUUCUAGGUUGUUUCUACCCCAUUUGUUUACUUGAUCAAAUUAUAGAUAUAUUGCUCCAUUUAUUUUACAAAACAUUCUUGCAAUGUAAGUGUGUGACAUGCAGUAUCAUAGAGGUACUUUAAUAAUUUAAUAUUUUGAGUUUUUAUUAAAUAAAAUCUAUUUGGAUGAUGGAGAACGGAUUUUCACACCAAAUAUUCUUAUUUAUUAAUUAUGUCAUAAUAUUAUACAUAAAUACCUAUGUAUUAAAUAAUCACAAAGUGAUUUUUUUUUUAUUGUUUUAAUUAAAAACAAGGUCAUGUUUUCUUCUUCUGUCUCGUCCCAAGUCGGUUGUCAAACCAUGUGUAGUAAUUAAGUGGAUUCAUACGUGCCAUAAUAACAAUACGUGCCAAUGCUAUGUGCCAUAAGUUUGUUUUUUAGUUUUAUUGUAUCCAGAUUUAAUAUUAUAUUUGGUUCUGCUAUACAUGUGGUGAAAUAUACGGAGAAUCAAGUUUUUAAAAUAAUCCCAGUUUGGAUUUUCUUUUCAGACAUUUCACUACAUGUAUAGCCAAUAUUUCUAAUAAAAUUAGUGAUUAUAUUUUUAUGUUGUAAAUAAACAUCACCGUCACAGUAUUCGACCAAAAACUGUUGUGAAUAUUCUUUUUAAAUUCUUAUAGUAGUAAUGGACAUAUUGUAAAUAUAUAAUCCACAGUAUUGAUAGUUCGGUGUUCGUAUGUUGUAUGUAGUAUACACAAAUGUAUAUAAAACACAAUAUAUUUGAUUUUACUAAAAAUCUAUAGUUGAUAAGUAUAAAUAAGUUAUUUGAUUAUACGACGCGAGGUGCACUUUUAACUUCUUGCAAGAACAGUCACAGAUAAUAUAAGUUAGCUUUGAUCAAACUAAAAGGUAUUAAUUUCUUCAUAAAAAGCUUGAAAUAUUUUUAAUACAUAUUUCUGUACACGAUCAUGGCCGAUUUAUUUCUGAAAAUAACAUAAAUAAUUGUAGAAAUUCCAUGUCUACAACUUAAUCAUAAUGAGUUUAAAUACAACUAUGUAUCUGAAAUGAAUAUUGUCAACUUAAAAAAAAAUCUCUAAUAAAAUUUACCUAUCAUAUAAGAAAAAUUAAGUACCUAUACUUAAAAAUAUUUUCGUUCAACACAAUUCAACUAUUUUAGUAAUAUAUACCAUCAAAUAAAUAAAUAUAUGUAAAAAUUGGCUCAGUUAUUCUUUUCUUUAAUUAAAUCGUUUCUAAAACUUUGCUAAUUUAUUACAUCCCUAUUUUAAGAAACUUGCCUCAUUUUAUCUGCACUAUAUUUUAUUAGAACAAUGUAUAAUUGUUCUCGACAUAUAACGGCUGAAGAUAAAAUUCGAGGCGUGAAAAUUACUCUGUAUAACUUAAAAUAUACCUAAUAAUACACUUGUAAAUGUUUGUCAUCACGAAAUGAAUACAAUUUUAGUUAAUAAAAAUAUGUAAGCUUGACUAAAACUAUUGACAAAACUGUUUAGAUCAUCAUCGCACUGAAGUGAUGAAGAAUUAAAUAAUUAUGAGAUUAUUAAUAAUUGAAAAUAGUUGCAGUAUACAACGUCAAAAAUAUAAAAUAUUGUUAUUACUCUACCAAUGGAGAAUACGAGCGCAUUGGAAUACCAAACAAUACUUUGUAAUUCAAGGUGUUGGAUGGUUGCAAUUAUUUAUGGGUAGUCGUAUAACUUACCAUCAGGCGAACGGCAAGCUCGUUUCGUCAUUCAAAGCAGUAAAAAAAGUAAAUAAAUUCAGUGGCUCUUAAAAAACAAUCAUAUCUUCCUAUUCCUAAUUUUGCAUAUAACACUAUCAAAUGGGGUAUCAUACUGUUAAAUUUAACGUUUUACCCCAAUACGGAAAUGAAUUACCCCAAAAGAAAACUGCAAAAUGUCUCGGUUUUUUCAAAUAAUUUUAGUCAAGCUGGAAGGACAUUAGUGAGGUCGCGCCAUGUUUGUAAAUAAUUGCGUAAGAGAGGUAGAAACCACUGCAUUAUGCACAAAGUGUGGAAUUGCUGGCGCGGCCGCUCUGUACCAUAUAGCUAAGUUAGCAUUAACUAUGUAACUCGACUAGUUGUUUUAAUUAUUAUGAAAUAUAUUACGUACCGAUAUAA